UAGUUCAGUGUUAUGUUUUACCUUUAAACUAAAGCGAGGCAUAUAUCAAAAAUUUAAAUACGGCGAUUACUUUGGGGAAAGGAAGAAUUUAGAAACAAAUCAACCUUUUUGAUACUCCCAACGUGUGAUCUCCUUUACCAAAACACGUGUUUUUGUACCUAUGAGAAGCAAUUUGGUAAAGAAGCAUUUUAUCGAGAGAUAUCGUUAUUUAAUUAGGUUAUCUGACAUACUGGUACUAGCUUUAGAUAAAAGAAUGGAUAAGCCCAGUCCUUAUCCAGAUGUUGUCAUACCCACUGAGCCGAUAGCAAGAUUGUUGCUGAAACGUGUCAAAUGCUACGGUGACAGAGAAGCUCUGGUCGAUAAUACCAGAGGAACAUCUAUCACCUUUAUGCAAGUCUACGAACAGACAAGGAAAUGUGCCAGCGCACUCCGUAAACUCGGGAUCAAAAAAGGCGACGUUAUCGCGAUCGGUUCAUCUAACCGUGUCGAAUAUGCAGUUGUUAUGUUAGCAGCGAUUUCGUGCAAUGCAAUCCCAUCACCUUGCAAUCCAUUGUACCAGAAAGGAGAACUCAUUGAGCUGUUCAAGAUCUCCGAACCAAAAAUAUUUUUCUGUGAAUCAGGAAAUGCAGAUGUUAUAAAGACAUUGACUGAAAAUAUUCCGACCAUUAAGAGCAUUUUCACGUUCGAUAAAAAAGAAGGUUUUACUUCAUAUGCUGACCUCAUUAAAGACGACGGAAAAGAUUAUCCUGAGAACGAACCCAUAGAUGUGAUGAAAGAUGUGGCGCUUUUGCCGUACUCAAGUGGAACAACUGGCCUCCCAAAAGCAGUCAUGCUCACUCAUUAUUCACUUUCAUCACUUUUUACAAUACUUCGAUCACAAGUGAAUCUUUUUGUGGGUGACUGCUUUUUUAUGGUUAUUCCGAUGUUUCACAUAUUUGGAUUCGGAACAGUUGUUUUCACCUUAUUUAUGGGCGUCAAAAACGUUUUUGAACCUAGAUUUGGACUUGAAUCUAUGUUACAAGCCUUUGAGAAGCAUAAGGUAACCCACUUCACCGCUGUCCCACCGAUAAUGAUUGCUCUCACUUUGACUCCUUUGUUCGAGAAAUACGAUACCUCAUCUCUGAAGCAAAUGCUUUGUGGAGCGGCUCCGGUGGCGCCUAAACUCACCGAAGAUAUGAUAAAACGAUACAACAUUAUCGUAUCUCAAUUGUAUGGCUUGACGGAAUUCGCGCCGAUAUCGAUUGCCAAUCCAGUGACGUAUUCGUAUUCAUCAGCUGGGGUUAUUUCACCCAAUACCAUUGUUAAGAUUAUUGAUGUUGAAACUGGAAAAGAACUAGGACCCGGCGAAGAUGGAGAAAUAGUUGCCAAGGGCCCACAGAUGAUGAAAGGGUAUAUGAAAAAUCCAGAAUCAACGAACGCAACAAUACGUUCUGGCUGGCUUCAUACUGGUGAUAUUGGUCAUUUUGAUGACGCCGGUAUGCUAUGGGUUGUGGAUAGAUUGAAGGAACUUAUUAAAUGCAAAGGUUUUCAGGUUGCACCAGCCGAGUUGGAAGCUUUACUUCUUAAACAUCCAAAAAUAGCUGAUGUGGCAGUAAUUGGAAUUCCACACCCAGAAGCCGGAGAGGUACCCAAGGCAUUCGUUGUGAAAAAAGAUCCGUCUCUCACUGAAGAGGAAGUAAAGAAUUUUGUUGCAGGUGAGGUAGCAAAAUUCAAACAUCUACAAGGAGGCGUGGCGUUCGUGGAAAAAAUUCCAAAGUCACCCAGCGGAAAAAUUCUUCGCAGAGAAAUCAGAAAACAAGAAUUCGGCAAAUAAACGAAAUGCUAAUCUCUUUAAUUGGCAAAAGCGCCAUUUAUAUUGAUACUACAAUAUAUAUUGAACGACACCAUAUUUUGAAUUCUGACCACAAUUUUAGCAUUAUUUAGUUAAACAUAAGGUGAUUGAUGCAGUCUUUUCCCGUCAUGACAUAGCACACAAUGCAACUUUCUAGUAACCAUACACAAAGACAUUUAAAAGCCAUCUCAAAGUGACUAUUGGACUUACUAACAUAUAACUAAUUUCUCUUUUUUCUGAUCUGUUUCGAAUUGAAACCACAUUUAUUCACACAUAUAGUAAACGCAAGUACUAAUCCGUUUUUUGCCAAGCUCGUACAAUUUUGUUUUACUACAAUUUUAUUUGGUAUUACAAAUUAUAAUACCCAAAUAACCAACCUGCAUACUCAAAUAGAACCAUAACCCGGAAA